AUGUGGGAGACCUACCAUUAUGAAGUAGCCAAAACUUUCAUCAAAUUUUUCGAAUCAGAAGAACUCGAAGGACAUUUAGAAGAUACUAGGACUGCUGCGAUGCGGAGACUUCCACCGAGCGCUAAGGAGAAGACAAGCUCGCCCAGGGUCACUCUUCGCCUUCAUCAAAUCAAAGAGAGGAAAGAGAAGGCGAAAUCUGGUGCAGGAGUUGACAAAACAGGGCACCAUGACAACUAUAGCAAUAGCAUGGAAAGCAGCAAAGGAAGUGAGGAUGUUGCUACAAAUAAGGAGCCAGGGGCUGCCAUUGAAGAAAUGGAAACGGAUAGAGAACAAGGAGCCAAAGACUCAUCUGUUAGCAGUCCCAAGGAAAUGAUUGAGCCAGAUGUCGCUCCUGUAAAGAGAUCUCAUUCGACUGAGGAUGAAGGAACCCCAGAAGAAAGCAGAAAGAAGAGGAGGAAAGAAGGAGGUAAAAGUGGGAGUAACAGUGGAGGCAGUCCGAAGUCUGUGAUUGAGAGUGAAGGAGAAGACGCCAAAAGUGUUGGCUCCCCUGGACCUAAGGUCCCUCCUUUAAAAAUAGUAAUUGCUGGUGUCUCACUUGAGGAACCAGGGAGUGGACGACCUGGGAAAAAUGGUGGAUCUAGACAUCAUCUUCCUUAUGUUGUGUCAACUAGCAGUGGAGGAGAAGGUGAAGCAACAUCUCCACCAUCUGAUGAUCAUGAGGAACAUGGAAAAAGAGUCCUCAGAUCGCACAGGUCUGGUGGUGGAAGUGGAAAUUCUUCACCAGCUGCUGCAGCUGGUGAGACACCUCCCAGAUGUGGAAUAACAUCUCCCCCUCCUCAGCAACCAGAACCAGAGGAAAAACCUGCUGAGGACCCCCCUCCAGUGGAGCUACACCCACGUAAGAGGAAGCUGAGGCCAAAAGAAAGUGCGGCCAAUAACACAGGGCAAACAAAUACCAACCAAACUCAGUCGGCUAUUGACCAGCCGGAACCUCAACACUUCAGUGAUCUCGCUUUCAGCAAUAGCUACCAACUCUUCCUCAACAUACGAAAACAGAUUGAAAGGAAGCGGAAAGGUUUAUUCCCUGUUCAGCCGAAGCCUCCCCAAGGUUUCAAGGAUUACCUGAUGAACAGAUGUACCUAUGUACUAGCGGGCAACGCAGCUAACAGGGUACCUCCACCUAGCACUAAUCCUCCAGCCUCUGUUCCUGCUCAGCUGAAGGACCUUUAUAUUUCUCAGGAAAAAGAGAGACAUAGGUUACUUAUGCAGCAUGUGAUAGAGAAGGAAAAAUUGGUGUUAAGUGUCGAGCAAGAGAUCCUCAGGGUUCAUGGACGUGCUGCUAGAGCUCUUGCUAAUCAAGCUUUACCCUUCUCAGCGUGUACGAUCCUCCGUGAUGAGGAAGUAUACUCUGCAAUAACCCCAGAGCAGGAAGAAAAGGACAGGAAUGCCAGGUCACGCUACAAUGGGCGUCUGUUUCUCUCUUGGCUUCAGGAUGUUGAUGAUAAAUGGGAAAAAAUCAAGGAGGCAAUGCUUCUGAGGCAUCAUAACGAAGCAGAAAGUCUCCAUGCAGUUCAGAAAAUGGACUGGGAAUGGAAGCUGAAGGAGGUUGGUCUUUGUGACUUCAAAAUGAAACCAGUUAUCGAUGAUAACCAUGUCCCAAUGGUUCAUGUCAGCGAUGACUUCGACCUCCUCCCAGCUUAG